AUGCGGAAAGGUAGGAACUAUGUACAGAAAAACUGUAAACACAAUACACUGUCUCGAAGCUUCCGUGUGUAAUCAAACGGUUGAGCACAGCGACAUGAGCAAAAGCGGCACGGAAGGUCGGGCGAGCUCUCGCGUUGUGAAUCAGUCGUGAUCGGUAGCUUUGAGAAAUUACUUUGUGUGAAUAUGUUACGAGAGCCCCUCUUGAUUUUCACGCUAAUAUGCGUGACACAGUGCGAACAUUCCCCUUAUUCAAAGGAAGAUAUAUACGCGAUACUCGAUCGAACGAGGGCAUACUUCAAAAAUCUCAGUAAUGGUAAAAUAUUAAUUAUCUGGUACUUGAAUAUUAUAAAAAUUACCGUCCUUAUUUCUGAAACAUUUUUAGCGUACGAUCCAUUAAAUAAUGACACUUUGAAUAAUAUUAACAACGAAAUUGCGAAAUAUAUGAAUGAUACGACCGAAGCGAUCCGUCAGAAAAUCAAGCGCCAAAAGAGGGACCUUCCGAAUGAGCGCAGUAGAGGUGUGAAUGUGUUGCAAGGUUUCGAAGAGACCUUACCACUCGAAUUGUCGGACUUUCAAGAUACGGCCUUCUUUUCCAUACAAGACGAACAUCGAUUGCUCUGGUUUGCAGCUGCCGUCGAUUCUUCAAACAUGUUACUUUAUCAGUUUGUUGAUGAUAAAGCUCAACUCGUCGGAACGUAUCCGCAAUAUAAUGGAAAGCGGAUAAUCGUAAAUAAUUACAACGCUAAUACGUUUAUAGCCGUGCAGAAAGAUACCGACGGAAUCAUCAUUCUGCGCCUCAGCAAAAACAAAAGCGGAAGGUACGAAUUGCGGUUCAAGCAAGAGUUAGAAAUUCCCGAAGUGGUGCAUAUGUCUAUGUGGCUUGGAAUGAAUCAGCUGUACUUGGGAAUCGCGUCGGAAUCGAGAGUAUUCAUCUACGUCUGGCUUGGCGAGAAUUUCGACAAGAUCGACACGUUGCUCUAUGGAGCGAGAAAGCUCUUGCCCUUCCAGAACAAGAGUUUCAUGCACGUCGUCGUCGUAGGAUCGCUCACGAAGAUACUCCGGUUUUCCGUGCGCUCUAAUAGAUUCGUAGAAAUGCAGGAAUUACGUUACGCUAACGACGUCAGUUCGUUUCAUUUCAAAGAGGGUCAUUUCGAAGAGCGUUUUCUGGUUUUGGCCGAUAACGAGUCCACAAUCUUGUAUAAGGAGAUGUACGGCCGUUUUGUACCGUUUCAAAGAAUCGCUCAUCCGACGAGGUAUAUUCAUUCCCUGACGAUGGAAAACACUGUCAUCCUUCUCGCAUUAGAGCAGGGUACCGUGAGAAUUUAUCAGUACAACGGCUGGAGAUUUGUGGAAUUGAGCACGAAAUUAUCGAACAUUCGACAAAUUCAUUCUAUUCGCUUGUACGAAGACGAAGACGUGCUAGUGGCGUGUAAUCAGGUCGGAGAAUGGAAGUUUUUGAGACCCACUUGGACCGUGAAGAAAACAUGGGAAGAAAUACAGGAGGAAAUAGCUGCUUGGUGUUCCGAGACAAAGCGCAAGGCGUCUCAGAGAACCUUCGUAAAACUUCCAGAUUUAAAAAAUCCCGUGAUUUCGAACGCACACAUCGGUCAGCUUCGUGUGCAGAACAUAAACGGUCAGAACGCAGAGGAAUUGGUCCGUUUGACGAAGCAAUACAAGCGUACAAAUGCCAAAUUAAAUCUAACGCGCAGCCUGUUGGCAGAAAAGACAGAAGAUGCCAAGCAUGCAAUCUUGCAUGGUAAAAAUAUUUCAGUCAAGUUUAAAUACGUGGAAUCGGAACCUAAUCAGGUCCUGCAGUUCGCCAAAUUGAAAGUACCGACGAUAAAUAACUGGAAAUGUCCCGUUCCUAAUUUCAAGAUAGAUGAUAUAUUCGUUAAGGAAUCUGUUAACGGGAUCCUGAUGCGAGACCUGCAAGAGAGAACUUUAAAAGUUUCGGGAGAUCAAGUAAUUUCAGGUAAUCAUCUCUUCACCAACUUGCAUGCGACAAACGUUUCGAUUCCGUUAAACAUUGCAACGAGAAGCUUUAACCAAACAGUGUACAUGAAAGAGGCAAAAGUAAACAAUUUAUGUCUAACCGAGGACGCAUUCUUCUUACCAUUGAAUGGUUCCACCACUGUAAUGAAUGGUUCGUUAACCGCUGCGAAAGUGCGAGUUACAGGACUUGUCGAAGCGUCAAGCAUAAGAUUAAGAGGCAAAGAAAGCGAAAAAUUAAAGCCUUUGAAAGAGAUUCUUACACCAUUGACAUUGCAUGGUGAUCGCUUCCUGCAGAACGUGACGUUCAGAAACUUCGCCAGAGCUAAGGAUAUCGUCAGACCUCGCGGGCUGUCGGUGAAGGAAAUCUUAGAGAAUAUCGUACCGCUAGAUUCUAAUGUAUCGACGCAUUUGAUAUUAUCUAGCGACAAAACACAAUGGAGCAACGUGACUUUGUGCGACUUCAUUACGAAUUGGGUAACGAAAAACUCUGCUGAAACUAUCGUUAUUUCUGGUAUAAAAUACACUAAUAACAGUGUCCUUUUGUCAAGAACUGCUUAUGAAAAUCUUCCCAUUCCAAAAUUGACGAUUCCCCUGUGUGCUGAGGAAGUUAUCAUCCCGGAAAUUAUAACUUCUCCAAUAAAAAUGGGCGAUGUAAUUGUAAAAAAUUUAAAUGUCUCGCACGUUCUUGGAGCUCGUAAUUUGAACACGACCGUCUUCGAUUCGGUGUCAGCUUUACAAAGCACUGACUUUUCAACGAAACUAUUCACAGGUCAGGUCUUCGUGAAGAAUAUAUCAGCGUCAAAAAUUAAGGGAACAAAUCUAAAAGAUUUUAAAAUUGAAAUGAACAAAUGGGUAAGCGUAAACCGCUUCAAAGGACCAGUAAAUAUUGCGAAGCUCGUCGUUAACAAUCUCGAAACGCCAGCCUACCUCAAUCUCUCUUUACCUAGAAGAGUAAAGAACGUAGUCGUAAAAGGGGAUAGCGAUAUCGAAAAAAUCAACAACAUAGAUAUACAAUCUUUUAUAGAAAAUGUAUUAAAGGUGGACGACCCGAUUUCUUUAGGACACGUAACAUUCGCUCGUGGUUUUAUGUCGAACAACGUACAUGCCUCCCACUCGACGUUAAAACUUUCGCAUUUAGAUACGCAUCUCAAUUUGGGUUCAAAACGAAUUUCCACGACUUUAAGUGCAGAAGCGAUAAACGUGCCACAGACCUUUGGUUACGUCGCGAGCGAUGCACCAUCGACAUUUAUUGUACAAGGAUCAGUCAGAUUUUUAGAGGAACCAGCUAUACAAAAUAUAAAUGAUAUGAAUCUGAAGCAAUUAUCUGAGGAUUUAUGGAUGGCAAAUCAGGACACAGUUUUAUCUGGUAGCAACAUGAACCUUGAAAACAUAACUCUGGAAGGAAAUGUUACAUUAAUGAAUGAAAAUAAUUCGUUGAAUGUAAAAAUGUGGUUGAACAUGAAGUCCAGAAUUUUAAGCAAAACGAAACCACAGCAUAUUAGUGUACUUGCAUCGUUUAAGAAUGUCGAGGUACCUGCUAUCAAGGCAGAGAAUAAUUCAACUCUCCAGUCGUUAGACUUGAAUUUGAAUAAUUUGCUGACUAAUUCCUUGAUGAGAAAUACGGCGCAAAUUAUAGAUGCUGCAUGGAAUUUUGAAGAAUUGUACAUAAAUAAUAUGAAUUGGGAUGGUAAAUUUAACGGCAUCGACUUAAACACGGAUAUCGUUAGGCGUGGCGCAGAACAGAAUAUUGUCGUCGGGAAGAAAACGAUAUCGGGUUUGACAACUAAAAAUCUCUGGUCGUUAAAUAUAAACUUUUGGAACUUUACUAAACAUGCUUUGACUCAAAGAUGUCAACGGAAACUGUAUGUAAUUAAGGGUCAAAAAAUCUUUAACAACAUUACUUUGAACAAUUUGAGUGUCAGACAUACGAUUAUGGGUCGCAACAUCGACGACGCGUUACUGAAGUUCGGCAAUCAAACACUAUUCGGCACCAAAAGGAUAAAAGGCCAGCUUAAUGCGCCGUCUCUUAUUAUUGAUGGCACUAUGAAUGACGUAAAUCUGACGAAGUUAAUGAACGAGCAGAUGAAGAAACAUAAAGCGGUGCAGACGAUAGAAAGUAAGAUGGAUUUCAGAAAUGAUUUAGAAGUUUACGGAAAUAUCACAAUCGAUGGACUCUACGAAGGGAUAAACUUAACAAAUAUUGGUAGUCAAAAUGAAAUAGAUACCGUCUUGAAUAGAAUGACGGAAGUCGUGGCACUGACGGAAGACAUGAAAACUGCAUUGCAAAAUCGUGCUAUUUACGUGAGCAAAUUUGAAGCGGUAGACGAGGAUGUGUUGCUCGCCGCUUCUAACAUUUCUAACGCAGAGAACGUGAAGCACAUGAAUCUUAACAGUACUUGUCUUUGCGAGUCAGAAAAUAUUUCCUUUUGUAACGAUACGGAAUUAUUGAACGUUGUAGCCGGUACAAAUAUCAGUUCGUUUAUGACAGAGAAAUUGAUACGGCUGGACGAUGCUAUAUUUUUAGUAUUAGUGUCAACAGAUUUUGUCUCGAUUUAUUCAUUUAUCGAUGAGAAACAAUUUUCUCAAGUAGCAGGAUUAUAUGUGCCCGGUAUAUUUGAAGUAUCUGUGGAAUCGAUUGAUAAUUCAUUGUGGAUUUUCUUGCGAUUGUCCGAAGAAACCUUGAUAUUGCGUUAUCAUACGUGGAAUGAACUCGAGCAAUACGUUUUGCCAGGCUCGGCUUCGUUUGUAAUCAGUAAGACACCGAAUAGUCAACAUUUGCUAAUACGAUCCGACGGCAUGUGGAAUCUCGGAAGGCUCUUUCGUCCUGAGCACAUUUUUAAAAUGCCUCUGGAGGGACGAAUAGAGACCUUCGCUCUCGGCGCCGAUUACUACGUCAAAGCGACAACGGAAAACAGUACAAUUGUUUUAAAAGCACGAUAUGUAGGGAACUAAUAUACGUAAAGUGUUUCUUAGCAAUUUCCCCGGUGAGUUUAUUCAAACUCAGAAAACGUAUAUCUAUAAAUGGUUCUUUCUUUUACACUCUAUAUAAUUUAUAUAUUUAUAUAUUUAUUCUUACUUGCAUUAGCUUGAAAUAAAAAAGGGAGAAAAAUACGAUAAAAAAUUUAUAGAUUGCAUAAUAAUUGUGUAUCUAUGUUAACCGCGUCAAAAAAAAAAAAUAUAUAUAUUGAACUGCAUUAAAAUUAUUUCUAAUUUAUUAUCACAAAUGCUAGAUAAAGAUGUAAAAAAGCGAAUAUUACAGAGAUCAGGUAGGGCCAAUUUGUAAGUUAAGCCUUGAUCGUCAUUAUCGUGGAAACUGUCGCCUAAGAAAGAAAUAAAAAAGUUUAUUAUUA